GAGUGGCUGCGGCCCAUCUUCAAUCUAACCAGUGACUAUCGGACGCUGACGAAAGAAGAAAGGAAGCAGUUGGACUACGAACACUUGCCCAAGCGUCGAAACAUCGAGAACGAAAACUACGACCAUCGUGAUAUUAAUCGCGAAUUAGAUGGUGAAGGGAAAGGUUUACUGCGCCCGGGUGAUCCUGGUUGGGUUGGGCGUGCUAGAGUGCCACAACCAUCAAACAAGGACUACAUCAUCCGACCAAAAUGGCGAGUGACUGGUAAUGGUGAUAACGAUGACGAAGGAGAUGGUGAUGGUGAGGAAUCCCGACCGAUGAUUCAAAGACGCCGUAAACCGGGUUCAGCUGGUGCCGGAUUGGGCACCUCCUCGCGUNCAUUCGAAAUUUGA